UGUGACAGGUGGCUGAACUUGGGGGGGUUCUCCAGUGUUUUUAAACUUGCAUCAUGAUUGAGGAAGCUCGUGCUAUGUGGACUGAGUGGACGGCAAGCCUCUACAUAGUGUCAUGAUGCAGAGCGGCCAGACCUUCCACCACAGAUGAUUAACGUGUCGCUUGCUGAAAUCAGAGAGGCGCAGAAAGCGGAAAAGGAAGCGUCAGAGUUGAAAUGCAUGAUGCGCAAGCGAAUGGGAGAAUUUCUGGACAUAGAGUGACAUUGGUUUUCCCAUUAUACACAGCAGAGAAGGAGAAAGAGGGGGAGGGGUGGGGGGUGGGGGGAGGGGGGUAGGGGCAGGGGGUUGGCGUUUUUUUGGUUGUGUGGGAUGGUUCUGACUUUAGUACAUUAUAUUAUUAUUACGGCCUAGUCUGUGUCUAGGUUUAUAGGAAUCAGCAGCACUUGGGCUUUUUAUUUUCCGCCGUCGUUUAGAUGACUGGUUGUAAUCUUGUCCCGUGUUCAUAUCCGACCGGCAGCAUUUGCUUUUCUCUUUGAAACUCGUCCCCCGCCGAUUGUUUCUUUUUUGAGUAUCCAGCGGACUGAACACUCGCCUUGCUUAACCAGCAGACAAAUAAGAGUCGUUUACGCUCAGCACGGUGAUAUGUUUGUUGAGUUGCUGUGUCUGGUCCUUGGGAAUUGUGGUCUUACGUACAUGAGCUAUUUUUAGUGUCCAAAGGUUUGAUAAGCUUUUGGAUACAGUUCUUAGCUCCUUAGCUUGUUUUUUUUUUCCUGUUCCAUUUCUAUAUCGCUUACACUGCUCCUAGUCACUUCUCCUCUGUCCGUCUCUCUGUCAGUAUAUCUGCCUGGCUGUGUGUGUGUUUGCCUUUUUUUUUUAUUGCUAUCGGCACUGCUUUGUCUGUUGCCAUUGCUGUUCAAGCUGCUUUUGUUUGCUAUCGGCACUGCUUGUGUUUGUCUUCGCGAAUGCACUCGGAACUGGAAUGGUCGGUAGGAUGGUCCCAUCCAGAACAGAGGAAUGAGAUCAGCAGCGGGCCGCCGGGGGCCGCAGGGAGGAUGAAGAUCAUUUUGUGCUUGGCACUGGUGGCAGUGAUGAUGUUGGCAGUGAUGGGUGCAGCCAAGUUGUCGGAAAUGACCGUGAAGUUUUGGGCGGGUCGUAGCAAAAGCACCUUCAUGAAGAUGGUCGUCUUGAUGCUGGCGAUUGCGAUGAGGCGGCGUCUUAUGGGAGCCAAAAUUUUGGAUACAGAUUGGAUCUUGCAAGCGGAAUCGCCAGCGUUGCUAAUAAGGAGAUAGUGAUCAUCAUUAUCUUGAGGGUGAGAUGAGUUGGUGGUCUUUGUUCCAUCAUGUCAUACACUUGUUUAACUGUCCCCAUUAGUUCAGACCCAUACACACAUCCACACCCAUGCGUGCACACACACACACACACACACACACACACACACACACACACACACACACACACACACACACACACACACACGCACGCACACACGCACACAGAGACACACAGAGAGAGACAAACAGACACACACACACAUUGAGGCAGAGGCCUGGCUUACCUACGUGGUUGGUAGCGCUAGCUUGCUUACUCGCUGGGUGUAAAUGCCCGUAUUAUGUAUGUUGACGAUGGUUAUGUGGAUCUUCAUUGGAGCCGAAAUGUGUAAUAAAUACUAUAGGGCGGCUGCCCUGCCGUAGCGUCAAGAAGGCAGCUUUUUUUGACACUGCUUUCUUGAGGGAGAUACACACGGGGGGAAAGGCAGGAGGUGGGAAGGAGAAGGAGAGGGUGGGGGGGGGGGGGGGGGGGGGGGAAGGAAGCGAGAUAUUUUGGCAGAGCCACUGGGCUGAGGUGCUUUGUAUGUAAAUUGGGGGUUGGGUGUUUUGGUACGAGAUAUGUGAACGUCCUGGCCGUCAGAUCUUCAACAUUGUGCGAAAACUAUUCAGGGCAUCGGGAGCUUCCUUCAUGUUAUUAGACAAUUGUUAGUCUGAGGCCAGGAACUCAAUGACCAGACCAAGGCCAAGUAGUGUUCAUUCACGCCAAGUUCUGAGGAUGGCAAGGAGUAAACGGUUCGGUCAUUCCUUUGAAAGUCCAUCUCAGCCUAUGCGAUAUGCGGUGCACUCGCUCUCUUGAGAAACCAGCCCAGCUUGCCCUACGCUUUCCACGAUGAUAUGUGCCUGAGGCUUGAAGAAUCCAAGUGCCAGUUGGUUGUCAAUCUAAGUCGAAGAAGAGAGAAACUUUCACUUUGCGUUGCUGCUUUCUGCGCCAGGAACCGUGCUUUCGCAAAAUUGCGGCGUAGGGGUAUAUGGCAUGAGGAGGGAGCGUUUUUGUGCACGUUUUGCCAGGUAUGUGUGGAGGGGAUAUUCUUCUUGCAAAUCGUGGGAGUCUGCGCAGUGAAGAAGGGCGUACGAGUCAUGAAUGUGAGACUUCUUUAGGGUCUCGAGUCCCUCUCUCAUGGGUAAAGAUGUUUGUUUGCAGUUUUGCUGUAUAGAACCGGGUUGUAGUCGUGCUAUCGACGUGGAUUCUGUUCAGGCAUGUCUCGAGCGAGGAGAGGGAUAGAUCUCGGGCAUAUAUGCAUGGAUGGCCAUCGUGGAAGUAUUAGCUGGACUGCUGUUUUUCCCCAAAGGUGGGUGUUUCACUUUCCUUAUCUUGUGCAUAUUUUGCUGAAGUGCUUGACGGAUUGCCCUGUAUUGUGUCGCCGUCAGCUCAUUUCUGCUCUGAAUUUUCCUUGAAAUAUUUUUUUCCAAGUUUUGUGGCAAUUUAUACGCCAGUGACUACUCGAUAAAGAACAAUAUUUUUUUGAAUAUUUUUCCAAGUUCGUGAACUGAAUGGACUAUAUGGGAAUGCAUAUGCAAUGGCCACUCCUGCACUGUAGAAAAAAAUCAUACACGGCCACGUUAACCAACAACCUAUUUAUGAUCUGUAAGUCUGCUAAUAACAUUGCCCUGUUUUUUAUUUUGUGAAAAGACAAACUCUCUGUCAUCAAAUAUGGAAUAAGUAGAGGGCCUACACGCCAUAUUUUUUUUAUUUUAUUUUUUUAAAUAACUGGACCUUACGAUCCUUGGUCCUUUUCCAUUCUGGGGAGCGUCGGUCCGGUUCCUAUUCCACCGGCAAGUCUGAGUAAACAUUGCAACAAAUA